AUGGAGUCCCAAAAUGCUUCCAUUGUGACUGAGUUUCAGCUGCUAGGAUUCCAGAACCUUCUUGAGUGGCAGACUCUGCUCUUUGCCAUUUUCCUGUUCAUCUAUUUCCUCACCAUCACAGGGAAUGUUGUCAUUAUUUCGGUGGUGAGCCAGGACCAGCGACUGCACUCUCCUAUGUACACCUUCCUCAAACAUCUCUCCUUUCUGGAGAUCUGGUACACAUCCACCAUUGUGCCUCUCCUCCUGGCGAACUUGCUCGCCUGGGGACAAGUCAUCUCCUUCUCUGCCUGUAUGGCACAGCUCUACUUCUUUGUGUUCUUUGGGGCUACUGAGUGCUUUCUCCUGGCCAUGAUGGCCUAUGACCGAUAUUUAGCCAUCUGCAGCCCACUCCACUACUCCUUCCUCAUGAGUCCUAAGAUCUGCACCAUGCUGGUGGCAAUUUCCUGGUUGAUGGGGGUUGGAACAGGCUUUCUGCCUUCCCUGAUGAUUUCUAAGUUGGACUUCUGUGGGCCCAACCAAAUCAACCAUUUCUUCUGUGACCUCCCUCCACUUAUGCAGCUCUCAUGUUCUAGCAUUUAUAUCACCCAGAUGGCCAUCUUCAUCCUAUCAAUUGCUGUGCUGUGCAUUUGCUUUUUUCUGACACUGGUGUCCUAUGUUUUCAUUGUAUCAUCUAUAUUGAGAAUCCCUUCAGCCUCUGGCCAGAUGAAAACUUUUUCCACGUGUGGCUCCCAUCUAGCUGUCGUCACCAUUUACUAUGGGACCAUGAUCUCCAUGUAUGUCCACCCAAAUGGCCACCUGUCUCCUGAUGUCAACAAGGUUAUUUCUGUCUUCUACACUGUGGUCACUCCACUGCUCAACCCAAUUAUCUACAGCUUGAGGAACAGAGACUUCAAAGAAGCUGUUAGAAAAGCCAUGAGAAGGAAAUAUGGUAUCUAUGGAGUGAGAGUGAAAGGAAAUUUGUUAGUUAGGUAA